AUGGCAAGUGAAAUCGGAAGGACGAGGAAGCUGGUGAAGGGCCUCACCAAGCCCACCCCCAUUUGGCUCAAGGCCAUGGAACAGGCACCGCCCAUGGCAUUUCCUUGUACGGAUGGAAAGAUCAAGAAGAUUGAGAUGCCGGAGGAUAUUUACGUCAAGAGGUUCUUCAAGAAACAUCCGGAUUCUCUAUACCGUGAUGCCGUAAAGAUAAGUGGAUUUGAUCCCCCUCCUGCACGAGUUUUUGCUUGGCGCGUGCUGGAACUAAAAGGACCGGGUGUCUGUGAAGAGGAGGCCAUGGCUGUAGCUGAUAUGGAAUAUCGGGCUGAGAAGAAAGCAAUGAAGAAGGCAUACGCCGAGUUGAAGCAAAUUGCACGCCGCCAGGGGAAGGCACCACCUCCAAACCCAUACCUGUUGCGGAAAAUACAGGAUCCAAACGGCGAACAGAAUAAUGCACAGAAUUAA